AUGGAUUUCUAUCAAUUAUCUCUCGGCCUGUUAGUCGCAGUAAAUACCGGCCUGCUAUGGGCUCAAUACCGCCGGAAAAGCGGCAAUGGCGGCUUUGCUAGCGACAAGAAUUCGAUGUCGUCGAUAUCAAGCUACAACUUCCACCUCACUUUUUUUGUGCCAUAUGCAAUGGCAGUAGCCGCAGACUGGCUCCAGGGCCCGCACAUCUACGCUAUAUACAACGCGCCUGUCUGCUGGCGCUUCGCCGGUGGCGUGAGCACCACGCUGCUGUUCAGCGUCUUUGAGGCCUGGAUGAUCUCCGAUUUUCACGAGCGCGGCCUGCAUAUUGCCUCCGUGAAACCGGAUGUCGGUGCCGCGGUGGACGUGCAGGAGAUGGGAGAUGCAGAGGGGGAGAAGGGCGCCGAGACAGCAUCGUCCACGCCUCUGGACGGUAUCUUCAGCACAAUGACGACUCUGAGCUGUGUUGUGGCGAUUGCGUCAGGUGUGGCGGGUGACAUGCUCGUCACGGCGUCGGGAACGAGGACGUGGCCGUUCAUGGCGGCCAUGUUUUGCAGUAUCAUGGCUGCCGCCAUCGUUGCGACAUGCUGGCGUGAAAACUAUGGCUCGACGUCUUGGGGCAGCAGCGGCCACUCUCCGCUCCCGAGUACCUUUCGGCGCUUCGCUUUCCUCCGCGACCCCAAGAUCCUCGCCAUCGGCCUCACCACAUGUGUCUUCGAAGGAACCAUGUACCUUUUUAUCUUCUUUUGGUCUGCAGCCCUGAAGAACGCCCAUGACAUCGUCCCAAACAGCGUGUCCAACGCCGAGCUGCCCUUUGGCCUGAUAUUCUCCAGCUUCAUGUGCACCAUGCUCGCCGGGUCUGCUAUCUUUGGCUGUCUGCGGAGCUGCGGCUCGAGCAGCUCCGACAUCCUCCUGGGCGUCAUCGUGGUCGUGAGCUGCUGCCUGGGGCUCACCGUCAGCGUGCAGGACGAGAGACUCCUGUUCUUCGCGUUCUGUAUCAUCGAGGGCUGCAUCGGCGUGUAUUUCCCGGCCAUGGCGAGCCUCAAGAGCCAGCUGGUAGACGAUAAUAUCCGCGGACGGGUUUACAGCGUGUUGAGAGCGCCGCUGAAUGUGUUUGUUGUGGUGGCACAUUGUCUAGAUGAGGAGGGGAGUCUUCAUCGUAACAAUGUGUUCCUAACGUGCGCCGCGUUGCUUCUAGUUGCCUUGCUGGUUGCACAACGCCAUUUCCCCAAAUAG